GAACUUUGUCUCUCAGCCUACUGUAGUGGUAUACAGGCCAGCAGACAUGGAGACGAAUAGCAAAGAAACACUACAAGCAGACUUUGAUGUAUUUGAUAUUUCUGAAGAGUUUGGAUUUCUACUUGAGGAGCCACUGACUCACCUCCCAGACUAUUAUCAGGUGUGGCUGGACCUCGCAAAUAAUCUCACACAUCUGAUAGAAUCACGUAAACUACGGGAUCUGGUUGAUAAGAUGCCGGUCUUGAGUCCAGAUCUUUUGAGUAACCAUCGGGAGCUUAGGCUCGCUCACCUAGCACUGGGAUUCAUCAGCAUGGGAUAUGUAUGGCAGGAAGGACAACAUGCACCUGCUGAGAUACUCCCAAAGGCUCUGGCCCUGCCUUUUUGGCUGGUAUCACGCAGACUUGGCCUUCCACCCAUCCUGACAUAUGCAGAUUCAGUUUUAGCCAACUGGAAGUUAAAGGAUACCACAGGGGAUAUGAGCAUUGGGAACAUGGACCUGAUAUUUUCCUUCCCUGGUGGUGACACUUGCAGGGGAUUUUUUAUUGUGUCACUGCUGGUUGAGAUGGCGGCUUCACCUGGCAUAAUGGGGGCGCUGGAGGUGAUGCACGCCAUUAAAGUCUCUGACCUCACUGGGAUAAAAAAUGGCCUCAUCAAAGUAACUCAGUCUUUAAAGAAGAUGAAGGAAAAUUUCAAAUUUAUGCACAAUCACGUGGAGCCAGCUGCAUUUCAUGGCAAAUUGAGAAUUUUUGUCUCAGGGUGGCGAGACAAUCCAAUGCUUCCAAGGGGGGUGCUGUAUGAAGGUGUGAGCGAUGAGCCUAUUUUGUUAUCAGGUGGGAGUGCAGCCCAGAGUUCAGCUAUUCAAUGCUUUGAUGCUUUGCUGUGCAUCCAGCAUGAGGAAGAGACAGGAGCGUUCCUGACACGCAUGAGAGAUUACAUGCCUCCUGCCCACCGUCAGCUCAUAGAAACGCUCUCCGUCUGUCCACCGCUGCGAGACUUCAUCUUGUCCUGCUCCAACUCUGACCUCUGCCAGGCCUACAACUCAUGUGUCUCCGCACUGGUGGAUUUACGAAACUAUCACCUCAAUACUGUGACCAAGUACGUCAUUAUUCCUGGUAACCACGCGCAAUCUGUGGGCUGUCCAUUCAGAGGUGUGGGUACUGCACUCAACACCACUGGGACUGGUGGAUCCAACCUCAUGGUUUUCCUUAAGAGUGUUCGUAACACCACCCAAAAGGCACUGAUUUUUAGAGAGACUAUCAUAGUCUAGAAAAACUUCAAUGUAAUUCCUGGCACAUAUAUACUGCUCCAAAAAAUUAAAGAAACACUUUUAACUCGGAGUAUAGCAUCAAGUCAAUUAAAUUUCUGGGAUAUUGAUCUGGUCAGUUAAGUACCAGAGGGGGUUGUUAAUGAGUUUCAGCUGCUUUUGUGUUAAUGAAAUUAACAGGUGCUUUAGAGGGGCAAUAAUUUGACAACCCCCAAAACAGUAAUGGUUUUACAGGUGCAGGACACUAACAUUGUCCCCUCCUCAUCUUCUCUGAAUGGUUUUUUAGUAGUUUUGCAUUUGGUUAGGGUCAGAGCCACCUCGUUAAUGUUAGUACAAAACUUCCAAGAUGGCACAUCAAUGCGAGCCAUUGCCAGACGACUUGCUGUCUCUCCCAGCACAGUCCAUGGAGGAGAUUCCAGGAGACACACAGUUACUCUAGGAGACCUGGAUAGGGCUGUAGAAGGUGAUAUAUAUGCCUGAUAUAUCUCCUUUGUGCAAGGAGGAUCGGGAUGAGCACUGCCAGAGUCCUACAAAAUGACCCGCAGCAGGCCACUGGUGGGAAUGGCUCUGCCCUGUGCUUUUCAGUAGGUUAGCCCUAAGAUCAUGUGACAGAGGUGAAAGGGCCUUGAGAUGCUAUGCUGCCUGUAACAUUGUUCAGCAUGACCAGUUUAGUGGUGGGUCAUUUAUGGUCUGGUGAGUCAUAUCCAUGCACGCACAGACCUCUAGGCAACAGCAUCAUGACUGCCAUUAGGUAUAGGGAUAAAAUCCUUGGACCCACUGUCAGACCCUCUGCUGUGGGUUAUGGGUUCCUCCUGGUGCAUGGCAAUGCCUGGCCUCAGCGGGUGAAAGUAUGCAGGUAGUUGCAGGCAGUAGCCGAAAACACAAAGCAAAAAUGAAAAUCAGCUCAAAGACACUUCAAAACGAUCGCCAUAGUGAUUCUAGUGUAGAAACCUGAACAGGUAGAAACAGAGGCUGCAGCCUAAAUUCUUAUCAGUUUGUUAACUGUUGUAAUUCAGGGUCACUGCUGGCCUGGGGUUGGCAUUCACUCAGCUUUCACUCUGGGUUCUUGGCUAGCUUAGUGUUAGCAUGCUGUCUGGCUAGCCUAAUGUUAGCAUGCUAUCUGUGCAUGUGCUUGCAAACAGCCGAUGUAGUGUUAGCAGCAUAAAGCAUAUGUCUCUGGGAAUUGGUUCUUGUCUUGAUUCCCAUCCCUAUUACCCAGUCCAUAUCAGUUUUCUCUGUAUUAUUGCCUUUACCUUAUAAAAAAGGUAAAGAUACUACAAUAAUACAGCGCCUUGAGGCAAUUGUUGUUGUGAUUUGGCACUAUAUAAAUAAAACUGAUUUGAAUAUCAGUUCAAAUAUCCAGGAUGGUUUCCCCCCCCCCAUUGAAAUCUGUUGCAUUUUGUGUUCCUUUAAUUUUUUUGAGCAGUGUAAAAAUAUUUAUUAUAACCAAAACUUUUUCAUACGCAACACUCUAAACGUAGUUCUAAAUAACAAAAAUAUCACCAACAUCAUUUAAAUCAGCCAGAUCUUUUCAUCCUUAUUGAAUUUACCAAGCACUUACAGUACAUUUACCCUGACAUUAGUAAAUCUUAGAGUAAACUUUUAUUUUUUAAAUGAUAAAUGAUUAUUGGGUUUUCACUGUUUGAUGGUGUCAUGGAUGAUUUCUAGCAAGAAUACAUCACUACAUUAACAAAGUAUUCUGUUUGAAAUCUAUACCUCUUUACUUUAAUACUACUAUCAACAAUUUUUAAUAAAUUUGCUUUUGAAGAAAUGCAUGACAAACCUGAGCUAUGUUUACACCCAUCGCUUACACACAACAAGCUACCUGAGCAUUAACACACACUUUUGGAAGUAAACCUGUUUCUAAGAAAUGGGUUUCUCCAUAGGUCACAGUACAAAAACAAACUAAUGACAUAUAGUUAGGGAAUCCAGCAGCACACAUUUUCAACUUUUCCUCCAAUGACCUUCCAUGUCUGCCUGAAGACCUAGCUUGUUUUGGCUUCACAGGUGUCACAGUGUGGAGUGGUGAAAGUUAAAAAAAAAAUGAACUUUUACCACAAUGCUCUUGUAAGCUUACAGAGUAGUUCAAACUAGUGGAAAUAAUUAUUCCCAAUGAGUGGUACCACUAUUACAUCAAGUUUGAAAGCUCCUAUGUACAAGAUAACAACCCCCUAUUGUGGUAACUAAAAGCUUUUAAACCUACUAAUCAAACCACACUUUAUGUUUAUAUAAUCCUUUAUAUAAUCAAGUAAAACAGACCAUGAAACAGAGAGGCACUAAGUGUGGUGAUUGUUUUAUUUUCAAGUGUAAUUGUGCUUGUAUGCAUUUGAACCCUAAUAUCGUUUUGUUUGUUUUUUCCCAUUAAUCUCUCUGUUUGUUGAUCAUUCUCAUUUUGUCCUUUGUAUGUGGGGUGCAAGUCAUUUAAUUUCAUAGACUGGAUCCCUCACUCUCCAUCAGGGCUCCACUUCAAGGUUGAGUCUUUUUUGCUAUUGAAAACUAAUCACAUUAGAGGAGAGAAGAAGUAGCUCAACUACACAGUCGCUGAGGCCUUAUGAUGGUCAAACUCUCUUACACAGAAUUGCAAGGUGGAGGGGGUAGUUGUUGAAUAAGUGUGUUUCCUCCAUUCUGUACUCCCUUUUUCAUUAAUGAAAUCCUCAGUGUUGUUUUAUAUGGUCACAGGAAAAAAAAGGUUAGGUUUAUAGAGUAUAGACCUAUGUAAUGAGCAUCACUUGUUUAGUUUUGGCUUGGUGGAUGCCGCUAAAUACUAAGUUGCCUAUGAAUCUGCUAGUCACAUGGAAAUCAGUAAAAGAAGUCAAAGUACUUUUGCCACAACUGACAAAGUAGAGGAAAUAAAUUUAAGUUAGUGGUGUAUACUGACAAAUAUGUAAGCUCUGUGAUUUUUGUUAUAACCUUUUGAUUAACAUUUGUUUAUGUACAUAAAAUGGUACUUUUUGAGGAGCAAUUCAUAUCAGUCACAUUUUUUUGUUGUUGUAAAAAGUUAGAUUUUUGCUUUGGGCCCCAGUCACACAGGUCUCGAGACUGGUUGAUGACUUCUCCCAAUUCAACCACUGGUCAGCUGGUUUGUUUGUAGUUGCGGGAGGGUGCUGGCAGUGGCUUGGUGAAAUGGUUUGCCAUGAGAUAUUCCAUGGAGCACUGAAAAUGAUUGAAAACCUGCAAUUCCUUGGGUUACUAAAAAUUGCUGUGUUUGCCUGUUAUUUGCAUGGAAGACAUUGACCUUUCAGCAAACACUUGGAAGCUACUUGCUAAGCAGUAGUGAAACAGUGACGCCAAACCAGAAGAGACCCUUACCUUCAAAGUGAAGUUUGAGUCUUUUGAAACAUGUUGGUUUUAGCAGAAAAACGCAACUUGAACUUAGAGGGUGAAAAUCCUCUGUAUCCGGUUUGCAUCACACUUUUUCAGGUUUCACUGCCAUUCGGUGGGUAGUCAGCAAGUGUUUGCAGACAAGUCAACCUUUUGAUGCAAACUGUGGGCAACCAUGGCAACCUGUUAGCAACCAAAGCAAUGAAAAUUAGGUUUUUAGCACAGAAACUUCUGGCAGCCUCUUGCCAACUGCUUAGGGGAAUGCACAUUUUUUCCUAGCGACCGGAGGUUGCCAGGGGGUUGCCAACUGGUCUCUAGGCCUGUGUGAGUGAAGCCUUAAUAUCUCUAGGUUUGCUCCACAGAGCGGUUAGGGCUAGGGUAACCAUCUAACAUUAAAAAGACAUACAGUAAGAGAACACUGAAUCACCUUCAUUUGAAAAUGUUUUAAUUGUGAUGUAGAAACAGUAGAAAAAUGCAUAAUAUUGCACAUAAUCACUAAAUUGCACUUUUCCAAGGUACAGAUCUUUGCAUGGAGAUUGUUGACCUGAAUAAUGUAAUCUACAGUGUAAUCUAAUGAUGGGAGGCCAGUGUGAGUCUUCCUGACAUUUCUUGUACAAUUCCAUUCAAUUAUUUACAUGACAGCUGCUGUUAUGAAGUGGCUAAAGGAAUUUAAUAAAUGCCUGCUUUAUAAAAGCAUGCAAGUUUAGUGUCAUUGCUACAUCAUCAGUGUUUUAUUUCUGUUUUUUUCCCCCCCUAAUUGACCAGAGCUGGUGGACACAAGUCUUUUCUGCUGUAAGAUUGCUACCAUUACUUCUUUAGCACUGUAUAUAGCCCUUCUGCUCUUGCUGCAAGUUCAGUGCACAGUUGUUUGUGUGGGUUGGUGGACAUGUGUUUGGCGUUCAAAAGUUGUUUUUUUUUCCCAUUUUACUAAAUGGAUAAGGAUAAAUAAAUGUUACAAAACAACAGUUGGAUUGUUAAAGUAGCUAACUGGACAUGAGACAAGUGGCUUAAAAUGAAUUAGUUUCAAGAUUUCACAUCUUUGCUGUGACUGAGAGCCAAGACAAACUCUUGGACUCAAGAGAAAUGUCAAAAUAGCUUUUACUUUCUGUCUGAACUGUUAAACAAAACAAGCCGAUAAAGAAAUACUCAAAAUAAAAAGCAAACAGUGUUAUCAUAGAAAAUACUCUGCCAUACAAGUAGUCAAAACAUUAUAUAUGUUCUUUAAAAAAAUCUAACCCAGAAUACUGUAUUUUUUAUCUAUUGUACCUGCUUCAAGAGGAGGGGCCCAAACAUACAUAUUUAUAAAAAUUCAUUUCACAGUACUUUGCUAAAAAGAUGCAGAUAUUCCAAAGUAAAGACUCUGAACAUUUCGUGUCAGUCCAAGAACAGAAAAUGACAGAAUGACUAAAGCAAAGAUAGCUGGCUCGUUGGUCAGUUGCACAGUAAGCUUAAUAAAAAGCUACAAAAGAGAGAAAGAGAUAAAGGAGUUACAAUAAGAGGGAGGACAAGGAGGAGUUAUUAGCAAAGGCAAGCAGAUGUUCUGUCAGACAAACAAAUUACACAGUAUGGUAACAGAUAAGGAGGAACAGGAGAGGAUAGCAGGGAUUAUAAGAACAGCGCUGACAUAAAGUCAUAUAGCGUUUCAGUCUUUUACACAUGCUUCUCUCAAAAGUCAAAUGUUUGUGCUUUCAGGAGGUGGGGGGUGGGGGGGGGCUGAUGUCCGUUUAAAGAUUAGAGCUUCACCCAU